AGUUUUUUAAUUUUUUUCUUAACACUGGUUUCCCACAAAGUAGGAGUAUUGGUUUUGUUCCGAAGGUUUUGAAAUUUUCCUGAGCAGAAUUUUGCCAUGCAUGAAGAAGGCAAUAUUGCUGUUAGCAACUUCUUUUCGGGAUUUACGCACGAUGACGUUGGUCAUGAUGCAUCCGAUUCAGACGGCGGAAGGAGUUCUGCUUGGGCCACAUCGAACGUUCUGGGGAAAUUUCGAGCCCUUCUGCCAUUGCGACAACGCAAUCUGUGCGCGUACAUCGACAUUGUUAAAGCGAGGCAUGACAGAAUGCUGAUCGUGUCGGAGCACUAUAGAAGAAACUUAACAGAUUGGGACUUAAUUUCGACAAUCAGAAGCGGUGCACCCGAAAAACUGUUCGAUAUGAUGCUGGAUGUGUGCUCCGGUUUGGCAUACAUUAAUCAGUUUGGCUUUGUGCACGGCUGUCUCGCUCCUGAAUUGAUUACCUUUGACGAAAUUUCGGGUUGUUAUAAAAUAGUCGACUUCGGCAAAACCCAUGUCGCUGACUAUGGAUCCUUGGCGCCGCUUCAUUUUCACGAUGUUAAGUAUCUAGCACCGGAAGUCCUCGUUUUGGGUCCGCAUCCUUCGUCGCGUGACUUACGGGCAGCUCUUCGGCCGGCGACCGACAUGUGGUCAUUGGGUGUUUUGCUUUGUGAUAUUUUACAAAUUGUGGAUCUUUCGAGUCAGACUUGUAAAGACUGGAUAAAGCUUGUUCUGGAGUGCAGUGCCGGCGAGCGUAGUGAUUCCGCGAUCAAUUGUUUCGCAGACAAAGUCGGAUAUUUGGAAAAAUUUCGGGAUAUUCCAGAAAGUUUGAAAAGUCUUUUAGAGCUUAUGCUUCUCCCUUCAUCUUCGCAACGCAUUUCGCCGGCUCAAGCGGUUGAAAAGUGUCCGUGUCCAUCCUCGACCGAGCGCAAUGGAAAGACUGUGCAUAUGUGCACGGCUUACGAUCCUUUACUCGGUGUUUUCCCGCCGGUCAGCCUUCGCUGUAAAACCGUCCUAGUUUCAUCGCAGCUAGAAAAAUGCCGAGAAGAUGCUUUGGAAAAUCCGCUUUUAAAUCGCAGCUUGGAUGAGAUAUACAAUUUAUGGAAGCUUGCUGGUGGCGAUGUGCUGUCUGAAAUGAAAUUUAAGGGUUAUGCAAGAGAGCCACCUCCAAUAUUGACACUACCCAAGGUUAGUUCGGGAGAAUUUUUGCAAAUGGGUAACGAUUUGCACAUGGAGCACGAUCCCGAUCGCAACUUUAUUUUUCUGGACAUUGUCGCGCUCAAAGAGAAACUGGAUACGUUUCCACGGGAAAUGUAUUUCCCUUUGCUUCUUCGGGAAAAGGAUGCUUGGGAACAUAUGGGAGAUUUCUUAAACGAAGCCCAAGGGCUGGGGUUGGCCAUAAGGGAAAACAACCUUAUUUACCAACUAUAUCGGCAAAUACUAUUUCAUCGUUUGCUGUCAUGUUACCCAUUUACACUUCCACAAAUCCGAAAGGAAUGCUUGGUGGAUAUCCCGCCUUUGUACCGAGCUCGUGUUUGGGCGGCAUUACUGGAAAUCAGAGGAGAUGUUGCUGAACGAUACGGGAUGAUAGACAAAGAUUCAUCUUGUUCGUCCGAUCGCCAGAUCGAAGUCGAUAUUCCUAGAUGUCACCAGUACAAUUUAUUAAUGGCAUCGUCGGAAGCGCAUACAAAAUUAAAGCGCAUGCUGAAAGCAUGGAUUGCGGAUCAUCCACAAUUUGUGUACUGGCAAGGUCUGGAUUCUUUGUGCGCUCCUUUUAUUUACUUGAACUUUAGUGAUGAAGGUUUAGCGUAUGCGUGCCUUUCUCGGUUCGUUGAGAAGUAUGUCCACAAAUUUUUCCUUAAGGAUAACACACCAGUCAUUCAGGAAUACUUAGCGGUUUUCUCCCGUCUCAUGGCAUUCCAUGAACCAGUUCUUCACACUCAUCUUACUGGCAUUGGAUUCUUACCGGAGUUAUAUUCCAUUCCUUGGUUUUUGACCAUGUUUACACAUGUCUUUCCGUUGCACAAGAUAUUCCAACUUUGGGAUCAGUUACUUUUGGGCGACGAUUCCUUCCCGUUGUUUAUCGGAUUGGCUUUACUACAUUCACUCAAAGAUAAGCUCCUUGGAUUUGGCUUUAACGAAUGUAUACUACUCUUUUCGGAUUUUCCAGAUUUAAACAUACAGCAGUGCUUGAAAACUGCCAAAGAAAUGUUUCGCCAUACUCCCAAAAGUGCGACUUACCGAGUGCACGCUAAUUCUGCUAUGCGGAAUGGAGAUUACCCGGACUGUGAUUUGACAGAUUCUUUGAAUAAAUCGGCGGAGUUAGAAAAUGGUAAGCAGGAAGUGUGCCCAAGAAUUACGUGGGAAGAAUUGCAGUGGAUACAGUCUCGUGUUGAGAAGGAUUCUGGAAAGACAUCCGUGGCUCCUCUUCUCAUUGAUAUCCGUUCUUCUGAUGAUUACAAUAAAGGAACCUUGCCGCUCAGCAUUAACAUUCCUUUUCUAAAUGCUUUCGGGGCGGAUGGUGACCUUUUACCCAGUCCAGAGAGUCAAGUACUCUCUGAUAGACGCGGAAAAUUGGUGAUUGUUUUCGAUGGAAGAUGCACAAACGCUGAUAAGUUUGCUUCGGAGCUUGUAAGGUUGGGAUUUUCCCAUGUCUGCACUCUUCACCAAGGGAUUGAACAGCUGAAAUCAUCGGGUUUUGUUACGGUGCCUCCUAGUUUCUGAUACCGUUUAAUGUUAUUUAACUACGGUGAUGCCGGUUUGAGUUUUGUGAUUUCUUCACUGCUCGUUAGUAACGUAUGUAGCGAUAGUUGUGAAUUAUGUAUUCGUGAGGUUGCGCUUCUUACUAUUCCGGUAGAAUUUUAUUUGUUCUUAUUUAGCAAUUGCGCGGCGUGUGUUAAUUAACAAUGGCACGUGCCAAUGGGAAUGUUUUCUAUAAAUAACAGAAUGGAA